GAAUGUCACUUUCAAAGCAGCUCUGGAGGAUCAACUGAGUAAACGAUUUCAAAACAGCGAGCCACAGCAGGUAAAGGAAAGCGUUCGGAUGGGAAACACUUCGAGAGAAUCUACAAUAGUUUCAGAUUCAGACUUCAGGUCCUUCAUGCACACUGGUGAAAGCUUCACAAACACUCUUCAGGUCUUUGUUUCUCAUCUGCCCAGUUGUGCAAGCGCUCUAGAGAGACAGAUUACUGAGCUGCAGGAAGUGGCUGAUGGUGUGGAUAAGACACACAAAGGGGUGAAGAUCGCUGGCAUCACUGGAGGAGCCACAGGAGCGGUGGGCGGCGCGGCGGCCGUGGCCGGGAUCCUCCUGUCCCCCGUGACCCUGGGAGCGUCUCUGGCCAUCACGGUGGUCGGGGUCGGGGUCGCGGCCGCUGGCGGGGUCACGGGGGCCUCGGCCGCCAUCACCAACAAGGUCAGAAAAGAUCAGGUCAGGAAGAAGGUGGAAACCAUCCUUAGGGAGUGCCAAAGUGAGAUGGAGGAGGUUGAAGGUUACUUGGAUAACAUCAGCACAGAGAUGGGAAAGCUCCGAGAAUAUGACCUGCUGACGCUGGAACGCGUCAAUGUGAAAUCUGCAAAGAUUGUGCGUCUCGUGGGCAUCGCAGGCGGAGCGUCGACGGCCAUGAGCGUGAUGAGCCGAUCCUCAGGCGUGAUCCAUGGCUUCGCCGUCGGCAUGGAUCUGUACUUCACCGGACAAGAUUCAGAGAAACUCAAGAAAGAGUCGAAGAGCAGAUUUGCUCAGCAGAUCCUUGAGGUGGCCGAACAGAUUCAGACCGGCCUUACAGAGCUGAUGAACAUGAGAGAGAAACUGCUCUCGGAAGAGAUAUGA